UGUAGGGGAUCAAUGAGCAGCGGGACAUUUGUAUAAGGAUCUGCCACUGUUUAAUGGGGCCGUCCUGCAGCACGGGGGGCCGGUGAGAGAGAGAACAAGAUGGAGAGGAGGAGACUCAGUGCUGCUGGAUACAGACUGGUUCCAUAUGGAUCAGGAAUCACAGAGAUGAACAGGGAGAGGAGAGAAGGGCUUGGUGCAAGGAAGCAGACAGGAAGUGACACAAACAGGAAGUUCCCUACAUGCAAUGGCUUUGUUGCCAGAUCUGCCCACAGUAACCAACCUCCGGUGCUUCAGAAACCUCACGCCCAGGAGAUGAAUUCUGCCCCAAAAGCCCAACAGAACCAAAUGCCCCAACUUUGCACAGUAACUGGGGGGAAGCUGAUUGUAAUCCCCAAAUUAACAAAACACACACAGCCUGAUGCUGAGGAAAAGCUACAUGGAAGUCAGAAAAAGAUAAACAUUAUUUUAGGGAAAAACCUAAAGCCAGGAAAGGCCCAAAGCACAAAGCAAACUGUGUUCCCUAAACCAUUUGGGGUUAUAAAUCCGUUUGUCUGUGUUAAGUGCAAGAGAAGGUUCGGCAGCAAUGGGAACCUCCUCAUCCAUCAGCGCAUUCACACAGAGAGACCGUUCUCUUGCACUGAUUGUGGGAAAUGUUUCUCCCACAGAACCAUCCUCCGAGAGCACCGCCGGGCUCAUAUGGGAAAGGGGCCCUUCCCCCACAGCACUGGGGGCAAUAAAAUCCCAUCAGGUAAGGGCAACUUUCAGAGGCACCAAGGGGCGAGUGCUAAAGGGAAACCACUUACCUGCACUGAGUGUGGGAAAUCAUUCAAAUACAAGUCUGAUUUGCGCGUACAUGAACGCACACACACCGGGGAGAAACCUUAUGUUUGUACCCAAUGUGGUAAAGGCUUUUCCCAGAAGGCGAAUCUUAAUACACAUUCAGUUAUUCAUUCUACAGAGAAACCUUUUAGCUGCACAGAGUGUGGGAAAUGUUUCCGUUUUAAGCAAAAGCUCAAAUCUCAUGAGAAGACUCACAGUGGGGUUAAAGAUUUUGCCUGUACAGAGUGUGGGAAAUCAUUCAGACGCAAAUCUGAGUUGCGUGUACAUGAAUGCACACACACCAGGGAGAAACCUUAUGUUUGUAGCCAAUGUGGUAAAGGCUUUUCCCAGAAGGUGCAUCUUGAAUCACAUUCACUUAGUCAUUCUACAGAGAAACCUUUUAGCUGCACAGAGUGUGGGAAAUGUUUCCGUUUGAAGCAACAUCUCAAAUCUCAUAUGAAGACUCACACUGGGGUUAAAGAUUUUGUCUGUACAGAGUGUGGGAAACAGUUCACUCAAAAACACAGCCUCCGCCAUCACCUGCUGAUUCACACCGGUGAGAAACCAUUUGUGUGUAAUGUGUGUGGGAAAGGCCACAGGCGUAAGAGGCAUCUAGAAGUUCAUCUGCGCAUUCACACAGGAGAGAAACCCUUUGCCUGCACAGAGUGCAAUAAAACCUUCCGAUCAGAUCGUUGGCUCCAUGCCCACAAACUGACUCACACUGGUGUGAAGCCUUUUCAAUGCAAAGAGUGUGAUCAGUCCUUCACAACGAAAAGAAGCCUUACAAACCAUUUACUUAUACAUUCAACAAAGGAACCUUUUAUCUGCACAGAGUGUGGGAAAUGUUUCCGUAUGAAGGGCUAUCUCAAAUCUCAUGAGAAGACUCACACUGGGGUUAAAGAUUUUGCCUGUACAGAGUGUGGGAAACAAUUCAUUGACAAACACAGCCUCCGCCAACACCAGCUGAUUCACACCGGUGAGAAACCAUUUGUCUGCAGUGAGUGUGGGAAAAGCUACAGGCAGAAGAGGAACCUAAAUGUUCAUCUGCGAGUUCACACAGGAGAGAAACCCUUUGCCUGCACAGAGUGCAAUAAAACCUUCCGAUCAAGGAGAUGGCUAAAUGACCACAAACUGACUCACACUGGCCUGAAGCGCUUUCAGUGCAAUGAGUGUAGUAAAUUCUAUAAAACAAAGUCAGACCUUAACGCUCAUCAUCGGACACAUACAGGAGAGAAACCCUACCCCUGUGCUGAAUGUGGGAAGAGUUUUUCCACAAAGAAAAGCUUACACCAACACGGUGGCACUCACACUGGGAUAAAGCCAUACGCCUGUACAGAGUGUGGGAAAUGUUUUAGACAAAAGAUUGAUCUGAAAUACCACCAAUCUAUCCAUACUGGGGAGAAACCAUUUCAGUGUACAGAGUGUGGGAAAAGCUUUCCAUCUCAAAGAGUGCUUAAUAUUCAUCAACGCAUUCAUACAGGGGAGAAACCAUUUCAGUGUACGGAAUGUGACAAAUGCUUCUGUUAUAGACAGUCUCUUACAGCUCAUCAGCGGAUUCACAUUGGGAUUAAAGCUUUUGGAUGCACCGAGUGUGGGAAACAGUUCCUGACCAAGUGCAACCUCCAGCAGCACCUGAUGAUUCACACCGGUGAGAAGCCGUUUGUCUGUACCGAGUGUGGGAAACAGUUCCUGACCAAGCGCAGCCUCCAGCGGCACCUGAUGAUUCACACCGGUGAGAAGCCAUUUGUCUGUACUGAGUGUGGGAAACAGUUCCCGGCCAAGUACAGCCUCCUGCGGCACCUGAUGGUUCACACCGGUGAGAAGCCAUUUGUCUGUACUGAGUGUGGGAAAAGCUACAGGUACAAGAGAGUCCUAAAUAUUCAUAUGAAUUCUCACACAGGAGAGAAACCUUCAGCCUCUAGAGAUUGUGGCAAAUCCUCUGAAUCAGACACGCGUUUCACACAAAUAUAAAGACUAUUAAGGGCACCGUGCAUGGAAAUGUUUUCACAACAAAUACAGAACCCCAGGUUCCUGGGAGAACUUGCACUAAGGAGAAGGGCUUUUAUACAGGGGGGUCACUUGAGGGAGCCAGGUCCCCCCUUUAAAAGAAUUCCCUGCUGUCUGGGGUGGCAGUGGGGGCUGGUGUGGGAGUUGGUACGGUACCGCUGAGCCUGUGACCACCUGAGCCACCGUCUCCCCCGGCUGUAUUGCAGUUUAGUGACUGCUUUCUUAUGUAACCGUGCCUUUCCAUGAAAUUAAAUAAUGACAGUCGUGGCCAUUACUGGCUGAUAAUACCCCACACAAGAAAAAUGACACUAUGUUUAGAUUUGGGUGAAAGCGCAAAAAUCUGGUGAAUGCUAUUGGGUGACAGAAGACCAGGAAAACUGAAAAUAUUUGGGUUAACAGCUCUGUGUUAGCUUGUUUGUUCAUAAUCAACAUGUGCUGUGCAUGCCCUCUGUAUUCUGUCCCUGCUUGAGACAUGAAAACUCUAGACGGGGAUUGGGAUUCAAAAUAGUCCCUGGCAUUUCCAGUACACAGAGUCUGUCUCUCAGCAGGAGUUAGAGUCAGUUUUUGAUUGAUAUUUACAUCUAAAACAUCCUUUGGGGGGCUCUCUUUGCCUAGAAGAUGUUUUAGAACUCAUACUUUCAAAAUAACUAACUCCGGCACAAAUCCUGCACGGAGAGAGAAAGCUGCUGAGUGAGGGAUUGUGAGGAGUAAUGUGAUUAUUUCGGGAACAGUAUAGAAUUUGUCAUUUAUAUUAAGAAAGUUUCUUAUUUCCUUGAGAUGAAGCUGGUAUUAAAUGUAAUUUUCACAAUAGCUCCCCUUAGCCUGCCAAGCACGUAUGCCCUAUACACUGGCAGGUUAAGGCUCUAUUAGCCAAGAACAUAUGUUCUUGUGCAGGUACAGGUUUCUUUCUCGACUAGGUAGGUCCUCUGCGCCCAGCCUUCCAGACCUCAUGCAUCAAACCCCCAGCAAUAGAGCCGCACUCUGAGCCAAUGUCC